ACCGCCAUGUACCAAUGCAGUUGUCAAAACAAUCAGGCUUCACAUACGAAUCUUUACUAUACUAUGCAUUCCAUGGGCCAUUCCUCGGUGACUGUUUAGUUCUUGAUCACUACCUAGGUAUCUCGAAUCAGAGUUCGAGGGUCUUCUGAUUUCGUUAGUCCUCACCGACUGCUGCACAGUCUGUUCUAUCUCAACAGUCUGACAACAACUGCCGCCUUUUCUUAUGCCGCAUGCCCUCAGUCUCACCUCUUCCACGCGCCUACGCCUCUCUUCGUCGCUGUAAUGCUUCGACCCUGCUCCACCUCAGAUCCCAGGCGGUCCGGGCUGCCUACAUCCACCAUGGCAAUUCGUUGGCUGCCGACAUAAACCAUGACGAAGGCGAGCAAUCUUCAGCGGAUGCUCCGCCUCUAACCUUCCCACAUGAACCAAAUAUCGACAUUAACAGCUUAAGCAAUACCCUCGAUGCCCAUCGCGAGGCAAACCGAACCUCGCUCAUACGGAAAGUCGAUCAGACAGGCCACAGCAAGCGCUUGGGAAAAGGAAAUGCACCAGGUUCUGAUCCGUCAAAAAUCCAAGAUGUCGGACCAGCCCGGACGGAAUCAGAAAGCUCCCCACAGACACGCACGUGGAAUGACAGCAAGAAGGUUGAGCUGCUUUCUGCCAGGUCUGACAGGUACACUCGGCGAAAGCGUAGGGACAACCAAGGCAAAUAUCGUGAUGUGACUGUUCUCUGGCGAGUGAAAGAAGAUGCAGAGACACUUCCUACAAGGUCCCGUCUGCCUUGGAUGGCAUGUCUUGCUAAACCGCAAGACAGUACUUGGAUCUCGGCUAUGGAUCGACUCUCUGCCGAGAUUCGAGCUUUCGGAGAGUACAGCGCUCCUUCGCAAGACGAGAAACGGGCUGCGGAAAACGCUCUUUCGGAAAUCAUCCGAACCAUCCAGCUAGCUGAUCCGAACUUGGAUGUCGACGUAAUUGGCUCACGAGCAUCAGGCUUUGACGAUCCUCUAUCAGAUCUGGAUCUCAAUAUCACGAACCCCCUUUCCCCGAGAGCUAUGAAUAAGCUCAAAACACCUUAUGAAAUUCUCCGAUUCUUAGAGAAUGCGUUCCGCGGAAACCAUCGCAAGGUCCAUCUCGGGGCGUGCCCUGUCGAGGUGCUCAUCAACGUGAGGCAUGCCAAAGUGCCUAUUCUGAUAUGUCAACAUCGGCGAUCUGGUUUACCAGUCCAAAUUCAGAGCACCCCAAGGGCCUUCGACAACACCGAGUACGUCAAGGCCUUCGACAAGGAAUUUCCGACCCUUCGCUCUUUGUUCAAGGUCAUCAAACAGAUAAUGACUAUGCGAGGACUUAACAUUGGCAGUCACGGAGGACUAACUUCUUAUCCUCUUAUAAUCAUGAUUGUGGCGGCUCUCAAAUUCUCCGAGGGCCAAAUUGACCGCAUGGAUGCUGGCAAGCAGUUGCUGUACUUUCUGGACAUGUACACAAAGAUCGAUUUUACUUCUCAAGGCAUCUCUACGCGGCCUCUGCGGUAUUUCCCGAAAUAUCUGGGCAAUAACGAUCACAGGCAAAAACCGUUGGCCACUGAGAAGGAGCUCGCAGCGACGUCUGCAAUGUUCGAAAAAGAACUCGCUGGUCAAAGACGUAUGGGAGUGCGUGACAAAGGAGACAUUUUUCUCAUGACUUUGCAAGAUCCAGCGGAUCCGUUCAACGAGCUUGGGAAGAGCGUGUACUUGAUUAAGGACAUCCAAGAGACUUUGAUUGGUAUUGGUACCAAGCUCAAGGCAAGCAUGGCAGAGUGGGAGGAGUUCCAAUCGCAGCCGAGGUCUUCCCAGGAUCAAUAUUCAACACAAUCUCUUCUGGAGCCAUGCAUCAGUGGUGACUAUCGAACUUAUAAACAAGAGCGAAAUGAUCUGCAACUUCUGGGCCGUGAACAGGCGGCACCUGCUAAACGUCUCAAAUGAAUAAUGACGGAAUAUUGUACAUUAGAGAUGAUAUUUUCCAGGCUGGAAGACUUGUAGGAAGAUGAUAUGAAUGAAAUAUCUUUUACGAUCCGGAA